AUCUCUUUCGUCAACAGGCCAAUGGAGCAGGAGCAGGACCCAAAAAGACCACAUCACCAAACACAUCAUGUGAAUUCUACAAUACAUAUACAAAUGUAUAUGCACCAGUUGUCAUUGACAGCAGUUCCUCAGAUGUUGAGGAAGUCGACUACUCUCAGGUGGAAGACAGAGAGCAAGUUUUUGGACUGACUGCUGCUGACGUUUUGUCCAAUCUGUCAGAAGCUAUUGACACGAGCAACUGCAGCAGGUUCAACAUCAACCGUGCCAAUGUCUGGGAUGGGGCUCUGAGGGGAUUUAAGCGGUCCUCGUUUGACCCCACCGGUAGCCUUUUGGUGAAAUUCACCGACGACAUCGGGCAGACUGAGGACGCCGUUGACACAGGAGGGCCUACGCGGGAAUUCCUCACACUGUUGAUGGACGCCAUUAAAAACAGGCGUUUUUUUGAAGGCAGGGAAGAUGGCAAAUACCUGUCAUUUGACAGCAAAGCUGCAGACGGUGAUGAGUACUUCCAUGUUGGAAGAAUGGUGGCCAUGUCCAUUGUCCAUGGUGGUCCAGGGCCUCGUUGCUUUUCCGAGAACUUCUACCACUACCUAGUGGGUAAGGUGAAGACUAUUGAGGCCCCAAUUGCAGACGUACCUGAUCCUGAUCUCAGGAAUGUUCUCCUUGAGAUUAAGAAUGCAACAACCUUGGAAGAACUCUUGGAACUUAACGAUAAGCACGCUAGCAUGCUUCAGACAGCAGGAUGCUAUCGAUGCCUGAGGACACUGGAGGAUAAGGAACAAGUUGUAAAUGAUUACAUCCAGUGGUAUUUCACCUACCGCAACCAUGUUUCCUUCCAGAGGUUCAAGGACGGCCUGGCUACCCUGAACCUUUACAAUGCUCUGGAACAGCAUCCCUCCCUGUUCCAGCCUUACAUGGUUUACAGCGCGGAAGACCUGAAAGCAGAGACUCUAGAGGCGCUGUUCCGUCCACAAAUGAGCCCAACUGGUAGCUCAAACCGCCAGGAGGAGGAGAGAGUGCUUGGCUACUGGCUGGACUACUUAAUCGCUGUAAAAGAGGAAGCAUCUGGGCUGUCCCUGCAGGACGUUCUGAUGUUUGCAACAGGCCUAAAAGAAAUCCCAGCAGCAAAAUUAACACCACAGCCUCAACUCACGUUCCAGAAAAACUCAAGGUUUCCUGAGGCUAAUGUCUGCUCAAAUACAUUGAAACUCCCGAUAUUACCCUCAUAUGAGAUGUUUGAGGAAGCCAUGAGUUAUGGAAUUAGGAACUCCCCUGGAUUUGGUCUCUUUUGAGACCUGCAACUGUUUUUAUCAGACAUGCAACUGUUUUAACCUGCAUUUCAAAGUUCAUUGUGCAGUGGCUGUUAGUUUGUCACGGUCUGUACAUAUAAAGCUAUAUAACAUUGUUUAAAGAAAUUAAAUUAUUUUCAUAAGGUGUA